UGCUGGUGGUGCCAACAGGCAACAGCAACCCGUUGGUUGAAACAAAAUUUAGCCUCUUAAAGAUCAAAGCGACAUGAUGUCGCAGUCCAGUGAAGCAGAACCUCUUAUUCAGAGAGUUCCUGAGAACUCUGGAGUUUGCUGUGAAAGCCAUCCGGUGUGUGAGUGUCAGUCGUCUCAGGGGGACAGAAGCCACAUGCAGUGCUGCCGGCGGUUGCCUUUCUUUGGUCUAGCCUUUUUCCUCAUCUUCACAGCAUUCAACACUUGUUCCCUCAUUCUGCAAGUGGUGAUCGACAGCAUCCAGAAGGAAGACCCGAGCUUCGCAGGCUCAGGCUACGUGUCCCUGGCCGUGGUGUAUGCCGUGUUCGCCACCACCAACUGGGUCGCUCCAUCUUGCCUCACCAUCCUGGGACCUAAGCUUACCAUGGUGGCUGGAGCACUAACUUACACUUUGUUCAUCGCGUCAUUCCUAUGGCCGCACACGUGGCUGCUAUACCUGGUGUCGGUGGUCGUGGGUCUCGGAGCUGCUCUCAUCUGGACCGGCCAGGGCAACUACCUCACCCUCAUGUCCGACGACGCCACCAUAACAAGGAACUCUGGCAUCUUCUGGGCCAUGAUGCAGUGCAGCAUGGUGUUCGGCAACAUCUUCGUGUUCGUGAAGUUCCGAGGCCAGGAAGUUAUAAGUGCAGACACCCGCUUCGUGGUCUUCAUUUCCCUGACGGCCGUGUCUGUGGCAGGGACGCUCGUGCUGCUCCUCCUGCCCAAGCCGGGAUCACAAUCAGGCAGAUCUGAUGCCGCAAGCUCCCCUACUAAAGAGCUUAUGAAAAGCUUUAAGCUUUUUGUUACCAAAGACAUGCUUCUAUUGUCCGUCACGUUCUUCUACACGGGCCUGGAGCUGAGUUUCUACAGCGGGGUGUACAGCGCUUGCCUGAGUUUCACGCAGCGUUUCCCUGACCCCAAGAUGUUGGUCGGACUCUCCGGCAUCUCAAUUGGAGUUGGAGAGAUCCUUGCUGGCGCUACAUUUGGGAUCUUCGGUAGCAAGACAAUCAAGUUCGGGCGGGACCCAAUUGUGUUGCUGGGUUUCCUGAUACACAUGGUCUGCUUCUACCUCAUCUUCCUGAACCUCCCCAAGGACUCCCCCCUCUGCGACACUUAUGGACCUUCCAAAUUUUCAGGCGGCCAGCCCAUAGUUUGGAUUGCGCUGCUAUGCAGCUUCUUGCUGGGUUUCGGCGACGCAUGUUUCAACACUCAGGUCUACUCGCUGCUGGGCUCCGUGUACUCUGACAACUCAGGCCCUGCCUUUGCCGUAUUCCAGUUCGUGCAGAGCUUCAGUGCAGCCUGCUGUUUCUUCUAUUCCACAUACAUCAGCCUACACUGGCAUCUCGGCAUUCUGGUGGUGUUCUGCGUGGUGGGCACCCUGACCUUCUGCGUCGUGGAGUGGAACGCCUACCGCAAAGCUGUCGUCAAAUCCGCAGCUCCUGAGGGCUAUGACAACGAAGGGGAGGUCGACCAGAGGCCGUCGUGAUAAUAAUGUCAUCCUAUUUUACACUUGUCAUCUUAUUACCAUGUUAGUGUUGUUCACUACGACUUGAGUGGUGACGACGUGUUUUUUCAUUGUUAACCCACAAAACAUGCUUAAUCGGCAGAGGAGCUGCGGUGGUGCAGUGGUGAGAGACUCUGUCUC